GAUCCUCAUUGGAAUCAUUGUAUGCAGUGUUGGCCUUGGGAUCCCACCCAUGCUUAGAGUAGGGGUAUACCAAGAGGGGUCAUCACCAGGGGACCCCCCAGAAUAUCUAGGGCUGUGCAUCAGCAAUGAUUUUCUGAUCACCAAAAAUGCUGUUGACCACUACUGGCAGGCGAUGGCAGCCAAGUUUUUCCUUGUCUUGGUGACUGUCAUUGUUUUGUACAGCUCCAUAUUUCACACAGUCUACCAACAGGGUCUGUGGCAUCCAGCAGCCUCUCACAGUGAUGCAGCUUCUGUUUCCAGACAUGACGCUUCUAAAGCACCAGAUGAAACAAGCAACAUAACUACAGCUCCAAAGCAGCAUAUAGUCACAACAGAUGGUCCAAAUUUAGAACAAGUCACAACAGAUGGUCCAAAUUUAGAGCAAGUCACAACAGAUGGUCCAAAUCUAGAGCAAGUCACAACAGUUGGUCCAAAUAAAGGGCAACAUAAAGUCAUAACAGAUGGUCCAGCUCUAGGGCACCACAAAGUUAUGAAAAACGCCCCAAUCCCAGGAAACUAUAAUGUCAUAACAGACGAUCCAAGCUCCAGGCAUCACAAAGUGGACAUCAGAAUACCAGCUCAACUGUCUGAAGGGCAAUCAAAUAACUGUCCAUAUUCCACUAGAGAGACCAAACCAUCUGAAGAAAUUAUGCUUAACAUUGCACAAGUUAAAAACAUUGACUCUCAAGUUUCUCUCUAUGAUGCUCCCACGACACUUCUGGUCAAAGAAGCAGCAAGUCCCCAUCAAAAGAAUGUUCCAGAACCUCCACACGCUAACCAGCUGAUGCACUGCAACCCAUGGCAACCUAGCAUACCUCUCAACAAAAUGUCUGCUUUAGAAACAGAUGAAGACAACCAGAACACAGACAUUUUAUCAGCAUGUGAUGAUAUGCAGCCUCAUCAGCUUGGUUCUCACUCUACUAGAGACAGACACAAUUCCUACCCGCAGAACUUUAAUGACAGAAAUGAACAACUGGCAACUGGACACAACUAUCUCAAUGAAUCAGGCCCAAAUGAGUUGAUUCAACACAAUGAAUCUGGCCAGAAUGAGUUAAUUCAACAGAUUGAAUCAGGCCAGAAUGAUUUGAUUCAACACAAUGAAUCAGGCCAGAAUGAGUUGAUUCAACACAAUGAAUCAGAAACUAACCCAAAAAAUAUUCCAUCAACUAAAAGUUAUCAACAAGGGAAGAAAUUAAUGUGUGAGAUGCACAAAGAAAGUAUGCUGCCCCAUGGAGGACAGUCCCAUACUUCCCAAACCAAUACACCUUGUGUAGGACAGUCCCCUACUCUCCAUGUAGGACAGUUUGGUGACCCCCAGGAAGAGCAUUCCACAAUGAAAUGUUCAAGUCUCUUUAAAAGAUUAUUUCAAACUAAAGUUCAUCCCCUCCAGCCAGCAAACACAAGUGAGUUACAAACUCCCACCACAGGGAAGUCCUCCAGGACAGGGGCAGUCAAAUUUCAACGCUACCACAUUACAGAUGCUAGGCAGAAAAGGAUUUGGACUGCACAGGUGAAGACGGCCAAAGUACUCCUCAUGGUGACCAUCGUCUACGUCCUGAGCUUUGCUCCAGUUCUCUUGAUGACUGUAAAUGCCAUACCCUCGCACCGCAUUCCGUUCUAUACCUACUUCCUGCAUAGCGCUGCCAACCCAUUGAUUUACUCCUUUAUCAACCCAACAUUCCGUAUGCAGCUCAUGAAACUUUUAAAAUGUAGACGCUGGACAGAAUAGACCAAAUACUGGACAGAAUAGACCAAUUGCUGGACAGAAUAGACCAAUUGCUGGACAGAAUAGACCAAUUGCUGGACAGAAUAGACCAAUUGCUGGACAGAAUAAACAAAACAAUGGAAUAAAAUAGACCAAAUACUGGAGACAGAAUAGACCAAAUACUGGACAGAACAGACCAAACACUGCAGACAGAAUAGACCAAAUACUGGACAGAACAGACCAAACACUGGACAGAACGGACCAAACACUGUACUAUAUAGACCAAACACUGUACUAUAUAGACCAAAAACUGUACUAUAUAGACCAAACACUGUACUAUAUAGACCAAACACUGUACUAUAUAGACCAAAUACUGCAUUAAAUAAAUCAAACAAUUAACAGAAUAGAUCUAGCACUCCCCAGAAUAGACCCAAACGCUGGACAGACUAGACCAACUGCCCUAUUCGUAUAACCACCAGCUUAAUGAAGGUCAAUGUAAUUGUUCACUCCUUUUCCUUGUGGAGACAAAACAAAAUGAAGUCAUUGGUGAUUAGCUAAUGGGCAUAGCUCACGAGGAACUUUGAACUCACCACCAAGAAAUACGUAAGAAAUAAACUACAAAGGGCAUUCCUGUGUGAGAGACGCAGAUGGCGCAAUAACUCCACCGUAACUUUGACUGAGUGAUGUUCAUUUUAUAAGACAUUAGUAAUUAAAAAAAAUGAAAUACUAAUUUCAAAUUUAGUCUUUGUCAUACAAAUGUUUUCACUGUUUUAAAACAGUUCUAGAGUUUUGUAUGUCUGGAAGAGUAUCAUGCCUACACAACCAUUUUUAUAAUCAUUGAGCGCCUAGUUAUUGUGACACAUAAUUAUAAUUCUUUUUCUGAGACAGUUUUUUUUUACAAAUUAUCUUUGUUCUCUUUGCUCCCCCCCCCCCAUUUUUUUUUGUUGAUCAGUUCAGAAUGUGCCGAGUACUAAAAGUGUGACAGAUGAGACUUGAGCUCAGAUACUGAGUGAUUUAUGAAAGAGAAUCCAAUGUGGCAACUAGUUUAAGAACUUAAACUUUGAAUAUCUGCUUGAAAUAUUUUCAACUAAAUUAUCUAUUACAAAUUACUUUCAAAUGUGUUUCACACUAUGGAUGGGUACGUGACAUUGGAAGGUAUAGAAAGUAUUUAGUGAUUGCAUUGGGAACAUGACGGAUAGUAAAGUUAGAAAGGGGAACUUUCCAUUUUUUAAAAACUAUUUCAUAAAAAAAAUAAUUGGUAGGUAUUUGUUUUAUUAAAAUUGCACUAAAAAAUAGUUCCAAUAUUGUGAAAUUUUCAAAAUAUGAUUUUGUGUAAAUAGCUUUCAAAUUUGU